UUCCUUCCACCUUCAUAGUACCUAGUUUUGGUGCUAUAAAUAGAGAGCUUGGAGAGUCUUUCUAUCAUCAAGUAAAUUAGAAUAUAUCAUCAUAGCACAACCAAGAAGAGUUGUGAAUAUCCUUGAGAGAUAUGUGAGGUGUUGUUUUGAGAGUUUUUAGUUAGAGCUUGUAUGUCUCUUCUUUCUAUUCUUGAAAGUAAUAGAAGUGUUUUUCUCUCAUAUUAGCACGAUCCUGUUAUUCCCAACAAGUGGUAUCAGAGCCUGGUUGAGCUUUUGAUACUUUUCCCAAAUUUUUUCAGAUAAAAUUCUACUGUCACGAUCUUGUGUAGAAAUGCCACUUGGAGAUGAAAUGCAAUCUCUACUGCUUCUUAGUUCCCUUCCUGAUAGUUGGGAGACACUAGUUGUUACUCUCAGCAACUCAGCCCCAGAUGGCAAACUUACCAUGUCUGUGGUCAAGGAUGCACUGUUCAAUGAGGAGGCAAGAAGGAAAGACAUGAGCACAGAUGAGACUCAUGCCCUUGUGACAGAGAAUAGAGGAAGAUCACAAGGAAAACAACAAAGAAACAGUAGAGGGAAAUGGCAAAGCAGGGGCAAAAGUCGGGGGAGAUCAUCAGAUGGCCGGAAACCUUCUUAUACCUGCCACCAUUGCGGUAUAGAGGGUCACAUGAAGAAGAAUUGCUACAAAUUGCUAGAGGAGCGAGGCAAGAGCAAUUCUCAAGCGAAGAGCAAGGGUGGUGAAGCGCUCAUCACAAUCUCAGGUGAUGUGGCGUAUUGUACUAUCAAUGAUGAAACAUGCCUUCACGUCUCAAGAGAGGACACUGAAUGGGUGGUAGAUACUGCAGCAUCCUACCACGUUACUCCCCACAGGUACUACUUCACAACUUACAAAGCUGGAGACUUUGGAGCAGUGAAGAUGGGUAAUUCUAGUUCAUCUGAAAUAGCUGGAAUUGGUGAUGUACAAAUAAAGACGAGUUCUGGGAGCACAAUCACUUUGAAGGAUGUCAGACAUGUUCCAGACCUUCGUCUCAAUCUCCUGUCAGUGGUAUGUCUUGACGAACAGGGAUAUGAAAACCACUUCAACAGAGGCACCUGGAAAAUGUCAAAGGGCGUUUUGACAAUCGCUCGAGGACAUGUUUGUGGCACAUUGUACAAAACCCAUUUGAGGAUUUGUACGGAUAGCCUCAACAUUGCUGAGGAGACUUCUCAGAAUCUGUGGCACCUGAGACUCGGCCACAUCGGUGAGAAAGGGCUGACUACCUUGAUCAAGAAGAACCUUAUCAACAUCGACAAGAAUGCUGCACUGGGUCCUUGCAGUCAUUGUCUGUUUGGUAAGCAUCAUAGAGUAUCAUUUAGUUCUACUUUAGCUAAAAGAUCAGAGCUGUUAAGUUUGGUACACUCCGACGUCUGUGGUCCUUUCGAGGUGGAAUCAAUCGGUGGAAGCAGAUAUUUUCUGACUUUUAUUGAUGAUGCUUCUCGGAAAGUGUGGGUGUAUUUCCUGAUUACGAAAGAUCAGGUAUUUGAGUGCUUCAAGACAUUUCACGUCUUGGUGGAACGUGAAACGGGAAAGAAGCUGAAAUGUCUCCGAUCUGAUAAUGGAGGCGAGUAUACUUCUAAGGCGUUCAAUGCAUAUUGUAGAGAAUAUGGCAUUCGACAUGAGAAGACAGUACCACGCACCCCUCAGCACAACGGCGUUGCUGAAAGAAUGAACUGGACUAUCAUGGAGCGUGUCCGGAGCAUGCUGAAUAUGGCUAAGCUUCCGAAGUCAUUCUGGGCAGAAGCAGUCAACACCGCAUGCUACCUUAUCAACUGAUCACCUUCGGUACCAUUGAACUUUGAAGUUCCAGAGAGGUUAUGGACAGGUAAGGAUCCUACAUACUCACAUCUUAGAGUAUUUGGCUGUUCAUCAUAUGCACAUGUAUCCAAAGAGCUCAGGCAGAAGCUCGAUGCAAGAACUAUCCCAUGCAUUUUCGUUGGCUAUGGAAAUGAAGAGUUUGGAUACAGGCUUUGGGAUCCUAAGGAGAAAAAGGUGUUCAGAAGUAGGGAUGUUGUGUUCCACGAAGAUUUGACAAUAGAAGACAUUGAAAAACCCACAAUGUCUCGGAAGUCAAAUGAGGGUGUUCAAGUUUCAAAUGAAGUAUCAGAAGAGGACAAAGUGCAUGAAGAAAACUCUGAAGCAGAAGAAGACGAGGAGACAGAAGAGAGUGCAGGGCAAGGGGAGACACAAUCCACCCCGUCAGACACAGAUGAUGGUAGCUCUUCUCAGAUGGUUCCUACUGUUCGUAGAUCUGAACGAGGGCAUAUACCAUCGACAAGGUACACAUCAUCUGAAUAUCUUUUGUUAACUGAAGAUGGAGAACCGGAGAGUUUUCAAGAAGCUAUGUCUCACAAGGAUAAAGAAAAAUGGCUAAUAGCAAUGCAGGAUGAGUUAGAAUCUCUACAGAAAAAUCAAACCUAUGAGAUCGUAGAACUUCCUAAAGGGAAGAAAGCUCUGAGGAACAAAUGGGUGUUCAAGCUGAAGAAGGAUGCAAAUGAACAAGUGGUAUCAGAGUACAAGGUACAUUGUGACAGUCAGAGUGCUUUAGACUUAAGCAAGAACUCCAUGUACCAUUCUCGUACAAAGCAUAUUGAUGUUCGGUAUCAUUGGAUACGAGAGACGAUUGAUCAACAACUGUUGAGACUAGUGAAGAUCAAUACAAAGGAGAAUCCAUCAGACAUGCUGACGAAGGUGGUGACACGGGAUAAGCUAGAGUUGUGCAGAGACAUAGUCGGGAUGCUUGUUUUGAAUAUGCCUGGAAGGGGAGAAUUGAAGAAUUCAAUUUCCAGGUCAUAUCCAAGUACAAGCAAAUUGAAGAAUCCAAUUCCUAAUUUCCCUGAAGUUUCCUCCAUGUGCAAGAAUGACAAAGGGAUCUUCCAUACACCUAGGAGUGACCUUCCUUCCAACCACCAUUGAAGCUUCCUUCCACCUUCAUAGUACCUAGUUUUGGUGCUAUAAAUAGAGAGCUUGGAGAGUCUUUCUAUCAUCAAGUAAAUUAGAAUAUAUCAUCAUAGCACAACCAAGAAGAGUUGUGAAUAUCCUUGAGAGAUAUGUGAGGUGUUGUUUUGAGAGUUUUUAGUUAGAGCUUGUAUGUCUCUUCUUUCUAUUCUUGAAAGUAAUAGAAGUGUUUUUCUCUCAUAUUAGCACGAUCCUGUUAUUCCCAACAAUGCAUGUGCAGGGGCGGAGCCAAGGGGGGGGGGUCAAGGUGGUCAGUAGACCCCGCUGAAAGUUUGAGAGCAUAGAGCUCUGAAAUAUCUUCGGUUUGAUAUAUUAUGGUCCCCGUAACUCAUUACGAGUAAAAAGUUAUGACUUCUGCAAAAUCAGCACUAUCUAAACGUAAAAUCAGCAAAAUUUGAUGAGUAAUAUUGAUUUUUUCCCCCAAAUUUUAAAAAUAGCGUAUAAUUAACUCAUUACUUACGUGACAUGACUCAAAAAUAGAACAAAAACAGUCUCUUUUAUUGUUACGAGUGCCUAUUUAUCUAAACUACAUAUAAAAUAUUCAACUCGGACAUUGUUUGAAAACGAUCCAC